CACCAGCCGUUCAGAGUACGGCGUGCAGCCUGAGCCGUGUCGUGUGUUUGGGUGGCGGAAGGAAGCAGAAACAAGGAGACGAUGAAGAUUAAUUGAAGGCUUGAAGACGGGUAGACCGAACCAGGACGGCAACCAUUCUCUCCCUGCCCCUUAUCCCCCAGCUCGCUUCGCAAGGUGGACUCGAAAACGUGCUUCAGCCGAUCCGCACGCACGUGGCCGCGUCCUCGUCAGCACCAUCGACCAAACCUAGCAGAACCCGCAACGGAGUUACCCACUAUCUGCUAGCCGACUGCCGACAGCAACUUUGUAGGCCAUCUCGGCUCGUACCAAAAUGGGCAAGAAGGCCGGCAAGAAGAGCGGCGGCGGCACUGCCAUAGGAGGGGGGGGUUUCUCCAUGCUGGACGUAGAUCCCCGCCACGUGAGGUACGCCCACAGCAAGAUCAAGCCCCACUUUUCGGGCUGCGGCCGCACCAUCGAGCAGACGCUGGGGGAGAUCCGAGAAGGAAAAACCCGGCCAUCGGAUCUCCCCAUGAUAACGGUCUUGCUCCGACCGCCGGACCCUGUGGUUGACGGCGAGCAGCAGCAACAGCAGUGUUUCUUCUCGCUGAACAACCGCCGCCUUUUCGUCUUCAAGGCAUGCCGAGAAGAAGGGCUUCUCGGACCGAGCGGCCUGGUGCGAGUGCGGGCGCGGGCCCUGAAGGCGCACGAGCGCGAGCGUUACACCGUGGACAGAUGCUCUCUGCAGGCCAAGUUUCUUUUCGCACCCAAGCCAGAAACGGCGGCAGGACCAACAAGACAAGACCCGGACGACGAUGUGCUUCUUGUCCGGCCGCAUCCGUUACCGAAGGGAACGCCGUUGUCGACGACAGCUGAGGAGGUUGGGGCGAGAAGAAGAAGCAGCAGGUCGCCGGCGGAAGCAGCAGCAGCAGCAGCAGCAGCAGCAGCAGCAGCAGCAGCAGCAGCAGCAGCAGCAGCAGCGGUGCCUGUAGCAACCGCAUCAGCAACAACAGCAGAAAUGGCACCAGCGGAAGAAGCGGCAACGUCGGUGGGAGAGACCCAAGAUUUUCCACCGGAGAACAAAGAGGAGGGCCAGGAGUGCCGAAGCGCCAGAAGCGCGGACAACAGAGAAGGAGGGACCCGGCGGUUGAAGGAAAAACAAAGGAGGUACCAGGAGGAAGAGGAGGAGGAUUGCUGUAGCUCGAGAAUACAAGGAGAGGCGAAAUCAGGGGGGCAGGAGGCGGGGGAGCGGGACCCCGAAAUCGUCCGCCUUACAUCGAGCGGCCAAACCGCCCCCAGGAGCAGAGCCGAGGGCACAUGGGACGGGAAACCCGUACCGCCGGCAGAGAGCGGAAGUGGCGGCGAGGAAACGCCCGACGGCACGGAAGGCACGGCGCAAGCCCUCACGAGCAUCAACGCCCAGAGGAGGAGCAAGAAAAAGGGAGGCAGGCGGAAAAGGGGGGGUGGGGGGCGGGGUGGUGGAGGCGAGCAGCGGACGCGGGCGGGGGUCCUAGCAGAAGCAGCGGUGGAUGAGAUACCAGGAGACCUGUCGAGAAAGCAGGAACGGUCAAGGAACGGGCGCCGUCGGCAAGCGCCGAUGAUGUAGAAACGUUGGGAGUAUUUGUCUCGAACGGGUAGUCUUUCAGUGAGUGGAUGUAUGUAAUUUUCGAAGAAGUUUCCUAUGCGUAGAGUGUCGUGUCUCUCUCGGAGGUCGGCACGAAAGGCGUCGGCUGGGAUUGCACCGCGAUAAUUUCCAAAACGACCGAGGCGCGGAGGAGCUUGUAGCUUGAUUGGCAUUUGAAAUUGGCAAAGUUUGGGAUGCGGAGCUUUUGUUUUGCCCACCUGCUGAGCUCUUCGCAGCCGUGGUUGGUCGAAAGAAACCAGGACGAAUGCUUCCGAAAAUUCCAAAGGCUGUGAAAAGGAGCACCGCCGGCGGAGAACAACACGCGGCCGGGCAAUGAAACACUCCAAGUUUCGCGUUGCGGUUAUUCAGGGGUAAAACAGAUACGGGAAUCACGCACUUAAUGCUAUUAUUCCUUCUUGUAGGCGUCGUUUUUUCUCACGGGCCCCACUAGUCAAGACAGCAUUGACAAAC